AUGGCGGAACUCGUGGCGAAUCUCCGGCCGUACGAGUUGGAUGGCGCUCUGGAGCGUGAUGGCGAGGGUGAGGACUGCUUCGUGCUUGAUGUUGGGGCUGAUGGGGAGGGUGGGCCGGUUGAGUCUGUGAAGUGGGUGGAGCGGGUUGUGGAGGCGCGGAUUGCUUGUGGUGAGGAGGUGGGUGGGGGGGUUAGGAAGGUGUAUGUUGUUGGGGAGUGGAGGAGUGCUGUGGAUGAGGAGGAGGUGGGGGAUAGAGAGCAUGAGUUUCAUGGGAAGAGCAAGUCUGAGCGGGAGUGGGAGGAGGCGGUGGGAAAGAUUGCGAAGAUGAUUGAGAAGAUGCCUGGUUUGAAGGAGUUGACCUGGAUCGCAGGUAUCCCCUUCAUGAGCGUAGUCUGGGAGACGCUCCCCACAUCCCUUACGAAGCUCGUUCUCGAUCUCGGCCAGCCCAUCCGCAUCGAGCAGGAUGGCGACAUCGAGUACAAGUCGUACAUUACGCAGACGGAUAUGCGGCCUCUUGUCCAGCAGACCGAACUUAAGGAGCUCCGGCUGUUCCGUAUGCACGACUCGAUGCAGUCUGUUGUCUGGGAGACUAUAUUUAUGAAUGUGUCCGAGAGUGGCAUGCGUGUUGCUGACUUGCAGAUGGCUGCUGAGCCGCUUGUUCGUGCGACGCACUGGCAUAAAGCUGAGGAUGUGAGGGGCUUGACGGUUCCGAAGCAGGACUCUAAUGAGAAGGAGUACAAGGGCAUCGAAGGAAAGGGUGUUUUACACCACUCGUUCGGCAUGGGCGAAUAUCUCGAUGCUUUCUGCAUGCGCAAGGCACGUAUCGCUGCAGGUCUGGAUGAAGCUAAGCCACUUCCACUGUGGUGCCUUAAGCUUGACGGCUUCGUUGUCGAUUAUCUUCCUUUUGAGCAUGAACUUUCUCGCAUCUCCUUGCUGACCUGCGGUAAAAACUGCAUUGAUAGCGGCCUGCGAGCUCCGAAGACCCCGCUUACUCCCCACAAUGGAUGGAGCAAGAUUUUCAACUGUGCCAUUUCGCGCUGUCUUGUUCAGUGGCCCAACUGGACUGGAACCUUUGACGAUCAUGGCGAUCAGCAUGACAACCAUGGCCAGAUUGUCUCCCAGGAAACUGUCCUUUCGACCCCAGCCAAUGGACCGCUGUCGCCUUCUCCGAUGCCCUUGACAAAGACAGCACUUCAGAUGAAGGAAGUGGGAGAUGCCAUUGACAGUAUUAUCAAGAAAGGAAAAGGCCCUCCUAGCCUUUCAAAAUCUCUUUCGCUGAUAGGCAUUGAGGCGCCGUUAAGCAUGGCUUCAGACGUGUCGGUCUGUGGUUCUGAUGUCGCUACGCCAGCUGCCGGCUCAGUGUCUCCAAACUCUCCCAAGAUGCCUACGGUCGACGGCUCAGCCACGUACAGUAAUGCCGCUUCGAUGGGUGCCAGCCUAACCUUAGUUAAGAGCGCCAAUACGGUGCAGUCGGGCAUAUCUACUGAUAGCAGCUUCGACAAUGUGAGCCCAGUGGAUGGUUUUGCAGCCAACGGCUUCGACAGCAUAGCGCCUAAGGAGAAGACCAUGCCCAAGACUAGCGGCUUCAAGCACAAGGUAAGACGAUCUUUGGACUGGCUUUCCAGCUCGCGUUCUGAUUCUGGCGAAACUGUUUGA